AUGGCGACGUCGGACCCUACGCAGUACAAUCCCACGAUCGAUCACGUAUCCGCCGGGGCGAUACACGCGAAGCAAUGGAAGGAAUUCAAAGAGCACGGCACCGCGGGGGACCCGGACGGGACCCUAAGAGAAGCCGCGGCCGCGGAGGAAGAGGCCGUGACGCUCGAGAACGAAGAGAAACACAAGAAGUACGGCCAGAUUGGCCAACGCGUCUGGACCAAAGGCGCGCACGGUGGCGCGUACAAGAUCUCCACGGGACCGGGCGCUAGCCUCGGGUACGACGCGCUGGAGCAGAAACCCGACGGGACGAACAAGGAAGUCGACGCGGGGUACGAGAAGCCCGACACCGGCGCGACGACGAACUUCGUGGGGAACCACAUGACGCAGGGCGCGAUCGACCUCGUGCAGAACGAGCUGACGCGCGCGGAUCCAGAUUUACACAACCGGCGCGCGCGUCUGGACUGCGCGCGUGGCGUGAUCCGCACCCCGCCGCAGCGCGUCACCGAGCCCGCGCUCCUCCUGAACGCCGCGAGCGAAGAGACCACGUCAGCGAAGAAGAUCAAGCGGAGCGUCGAGACGUACGCGUGGCGCGACGACGGCGACGUCGCGCGCGUGGACGUCCGCGGAAGAGACGUCCGGGGCGGCGACGUCUCGCGCGCGGCGCUGACGUCCCCGUCUCUCGCCGGCGACGACCCGCGGCGCUUCACGCUGGAGAUACCUCCGGCGGUCGAUCGCGGAACCGGAACGGUGAAAGGCGAGACGUGGGUGCUGACCAUGCGCCUCGCGAACGACGUGGACGCGGAGAACUGCGUCGUGCGCGUCGACGGCGACGUCGCGCGCGUGAUUCUCGCGAAACCGCGCCACCGGCGCGGGCCGUGGACGUCCCUGCGCGCGCCCGAAGACGUCGAUCGCGCGAAGAUCGGAGACGCCCGCGACGAGGACGCGAACCGCGCGCCUCCCGACCUCGCCGCGCUGCGACGGCAGCUCAUCAAACAGCGGGAAGGGAAGCUCGCGGUGAAGCUGCCGUGGUUCCACGCCAAGUCGCUCCCCGCGCCCGCGGACGACGUCAUGGCGAUCGAGGACGCGAGCAUUAACACCCUCGACACGAGCGUUAUUCUCAACGCCGAGGAAGCGCACGAUGCCGGCGAGGCGUGCGCGACGCGUGGCGAGCACGCGGACGCUUCGAGAUGGUUCACGCGCGCGCUGGAUUUGUACGGAGAGCGGUCCGAGAACGAACGCUCGAGGGCGACGACGCACGCCGCGCGCGCGAGGGCGCUGACGCAGAUCGGCUCCUUACGCGACGCGAUCGACGAUUACUCCUCCGCCGCGGAGUUGCUGGACGCGAUCGGGGCGACCGAUGGUGACGAUUCACAUCCCCCUCCAGCGACAGGAAGCGAACAGACGCGGACGGAGCUCCGCGCGCUCGACGUCGUCCUCGCGCGCGGACGGUGCAAGCUCGCGCUCGAGGACGCCGCGGGCGCCGCGGGCGACUUCCGAGCCGUCGUCGAGCGCGCGCGCCGAGGCUCGAGCGUCGUGAUCGCCGCGUCCGAAGCUCUGCGAGACGCGAUGAAGAUGCAGCACGUUCAGAAAGAGGCGAAAGAGAAAGAGGCGGAGAUGAGGGAACGGUGCGGCGAUUUCGGCGGCGACGGCUUCCCCGGGUUCGCGAGGCCGGGAAUGCGGCAGUUCGACAACCGCGGGAAAAGCGGCACCGCGUUUUGA